AUGGCGAUCUGCAGCGCGCACACUACCACCACCUCCCUGCAUUCCCCAUGCGCGACCGUCUCGAACGCAGGCUUCAGACAGAGGCAAGUCAUUUUCUUCACCAGCAACAGGAGGAGCGGCGGCGGCAGAAGGCACGGAGGGGCAAGGACCUGCUUCCAGGUCUCAUGCUCCGUCGACAAGCCGGUGGUGAUUGGCCUGGCGGCAGACUCCGGGUGCGGCAAGAGCACCUUCAUGCGCCGGCUCACCAGCGUCUUUGGUGGCGCCGCAGUGCCACCCAAGGGCGGGAACCCGGACUCCAACACGCUCAUCAGUGACACUACCACAGUGAUAUGCCUCGACGACUACCAUUCCCUGGACAGAAACGGCAGGAAGGAGUAUGGUGUGACCGCCCUCGACCCAAGGGCCAACAACUUUGAUCUCAUGUAUGAGCAGGUGAAGGCGAUCAAAGAUGGCCAGGCAGUCGAGAAGCCAAUCUACAACCAUGUCACUGGCCUCCUCGACCCUCCGGAGCUUAUCACACCACCAAAGAUUUUUGUCAUUGAAGGUCUGCACCCAAUGUUCGAUCAGCGUGUGAGGGACCUCUUAGAUUUCAGUAUCUACUUGGACAUCAGUGAUGAAGUUAAGUUUGCAUGGAAAAUUCAGCGGGACAUGGCAGAGCGUGGGCACAGCCUUGAAAGCAUCCAGGCCAGUAUCGAGGCCAGGAAACCAGAUUUUGAUGCUUAUAUUGAUCCGCAGAAGCAGUAUGCUGAUGCUGUGAUUGAAGUUCUGCCGACCCAGUUGAUUCCCGGUGACAAUGAAGGAAAGGUGCUGCGUGUUAAGCUCAUCAUGAAAGAAGGGGUGAAGCACUUCAACCCAGUUUAUCUCUUUGAUGAAGGAUCAAGCAUCAGCUGGGUGCCUUGUGGAAGAAAGCUCACAUGCUCUUACCCUGGCAUCAAAUUUGCCUAUGGCCCAGACACUUACUUUGGAAACGAGGUAUCUGUUUUGGAGAUGGAUGGGCAAUUUGACAAACUAGAUGAGCUCAUCUACGUGGAGAGCCAUCUAAGCAACCUCUCAACCAAGUUCUACGGAGAGGUGACACAGCAAAUGCUAAAGCAUGCAGACUUCCCAGGAAGCAACAACGGAACAGGUCUCUUCCAGACCAUCAUUGGGCUCAAGAUUAGGGAUCUCUAUGAACAGAUUGUUGCUGAGAGGGCUGGUGUACCAGCGGAAGCAGCGAAAGUUUAA